AUGCUUUUUUCCUUGUAUAAUGCUCCAUUUAUUGCCAUCGGGCUACUAGUUGCCUACUAUCUAGUGCCUUAUGUGCAAUCUGGGCACAAAAGGAACAUCCCGAGCCCCAGUCUUGCGGCUUUUACUAAUCUCUGGCUCUUGUUACAGGCACGACAAGGAAAACGAUACCUGUCCGUGGAUGAGGCACACAAGAAAUAUGGAAAAGUGGUUCGAAUUGCACCGAAUCAUGUUUCUAUCGCCGAUGAUGCUGCUAUCCAGGUCAUCUACGGUCAUGGAAAUGGUUUCUUGAAAGCUGACUUCUAUGAUGCCUUUGUGUCUAUUCGUCGAGGAUUGUUCAACACUCGCAACCGAGCCGAGCACACUCGCAAGCGGAAGAUCGUCUCCCACACUUUCAGCGCCAAGUCGAUUGGCCAGUUCGAGCAAUACAUUCAUGCCAACGUAAAGCUAUUUGUCGAUCAGUGGAAUAAAUUAGCGGAACUGGAAACAAACCCAAAGACCGGCUAUGCUAAUAUUGAUGCGUUGAACUGGUUCAACUACCUCGCCUUCGAUAUCAUUGGUGAUCUAGCCUUCGGAGCCCCAUUCGGUAUGCUAAAGAACGGUAAGGAUAUCGCCGAGAUGCGCAAAUCACCUAAUGAGCCACCUCAAUAUGUUGCCGCAGUCGAGGUUCUUAAUCGUCGUGGCGAGGUUUCUGCAACACUGGGUUGCUUGCCAGCUCUGAAACCUUAUGCUAAGUGGAUCCCUGAUCGCUUCUUCACUGAGGGUCUCGCUGCCGUGGAAAAUCUUGCUGGAAUUGCGAUCGCUAGAGUUAACGAGCGCGUGAAACCUGAAGUCGUGGAGAAGAACACUCGAGUUGAUCUUCUCGCUCAUUUGAUGGAGGGUCGGGAUGAGUCCGGUGAGAAGCUGGGUUUGGAGGAAUUAACCGCUGAAGCUUUGACACAACUUAUCGCUGGAUCUGAUACGACCUCGAAUACCUCUUGCGCUAUCUUGUACUGGUGUGUUCGUACUCCUGGUGUUGUCGCUGAGCUGCACAAGGUUCUGGAUGAUGCGAUUCCUAAAGAUUGUGAUGUUCCCACAUAUGCCAUGGUGAAAGACAUUCCCUACCUCCAAUGGGUUAUCUCAGAAACAAUGCGAAUUCAUAGCACAUCUGCCAUGGGUCUUGCACGAGAAAUUCCUGAAGGAAGCAACCCGGUCAGAAUCGCUGACCAAACCUUCUAUGCUGGUGAUAUUCUUUCCGUCCCAAGCUACACAAUUCAUCGCUCCCAAGAAAUUUGGGGUAGAGAUGCUGAAGAAUUCGUCCCAGCAAGAUGGGAGAACCUCACAGCUCGUCAAAAAGCCGCUUUCAUCCCCUUCAGCCACGGUCCUCGUGCUUGUGUUGGUCGGAACGUUGCUGAGAUGGAGCUUCUUGUUAUCGUGGCUACCGUCUUUAGUCAGUUCGAGUUCCAGAUUGAGCAGGAGGAAGAAAUGCAGACGCGCGAGGGCUUUUUGCGUAAGCCACUUGGCUUGCAGGUGGGUCUGCGUCGUCGUGUCAGAGUGUAG